AUGACUAACCAGAAGGCACAUUGGCUCACGUGCCUGGUGGGGCUGUUUGUCCACAGGGUGCCAACCGUAAUUUCUCUCCAUUCUGGUUCGGAUGUUGCUGCGACGGCUACAGUGGCAUCGCUAGCAAAUGCUUCCAAGUACCAUCAUGCAGACAUGCUCUCGUCGGAACAGGUCUUCACCUUCACUGGGAGCGACCAGUAUUAUUACACGCAGGGCCACACUCAGUUCCUGGUGAAGGCCUACGGUGCUGGCGGAGGGAACUUUUUGAGAUCAGGAACGGAAGGUGGGGUUGGAGGUUACGCCGAGGCCGUCAUCAUUGUCCCUGCGGGCACGGACCGCUUGACGGUCGUCGUCGGGGAAGCCGGCGCCACUUGGGGAGACGAUUCAUCUCCAGACCCUUGCUACCACAACGCCUUCGGCGGCGGCGGCAGGUCUGCCUGCGACAGUUACAACACAGCCGGAAGUGGGGGUGGCCGUUCGAGCGUCAGGCUCGAUGGUGAGGACAUCCUCACUGCGGGUGGGGGCGGAGGUGGCUCGGGUAAGUGGGCGGCAUCCGUCGAGUGCAAGGGGCCAGGAGUCGAAGAACACCUCAACUGCACAAACAUGGACCUUCGGAUGUCCGUGCGGAUCUCUUUUGGUCGGCGCUGA